CGACUUUUCAUCCACCUCGUCAUCCUCAAUCACACAAAAUGGCGCCGUCCGGUGACAAGAAGAAGGCUUCCAAGUCCUCCACCAAGGCCAACGCGGCCGCGAAGGCAACUCUGCGCGGUGUCAACUCGCACAAAGUCCGCAAGGUCCGCACCAGCACCACUUUCCACCGCCCCAAGACCCUCGUGCUCGCGCGCGCGCCCAAAUACCAGCGCAAGAGCGUCCACCAUGAGCCGCGCCUCGACCAGGGCAAGGUCAUCGUGCACCCGCUCAACACCGAGAGCGCGAUGAAGAAGAUCGAGGAGAACAAUACCCUGGUGUUCAUCGUGGAUAUCAAGGCGAACAAGAGGCAAAUCAAGGAUGCGCUGAAGAAGCUGUAUAACAUUGAUUGCUUGAAGAUCAACACCCUCAUCCGUCCGGACGGCACCAAGAAGGCCUACGCCCGGUUGACGCCUGAUGUCGACGCCCUCGACAUCGCGGCUACGAAGCUUUCGAUCGUUUGAGCGGUGGGUUUUUUACGCUUUACACUGCAUGGUCCAAAUAUGGCCCCUUUCUCUCUGAGGUUCUCUCUUUGAGAUUCUCUCUGAGGAUAGGAAAAAGAAUCGGCGUCCCGUGUGUCAAAUUAGCCUUUACAUCAUCGGGUCGGAUGGAGAUGACCAUUCGGGGGAUAGUGGCAUAGAUGAAUUCAUUCGAUAUCCUCAUCCAAUGUGUGAAUUUCAGCAGUGUGCCUCCAUGUGCUCUAGUCUACGAUGGUCUCGUUCCCUGGCGCUUGCCUCAAACGCGUCUAAUAGCCCAACGAAUCCACCCAUGGCAUGCCGUAUCCUCGUUUCGCACGGUAUGAGAAUUUGAUAAUCAAGUGACGUCCCAAGCCCCUCCCGGCUCCUUCGAUUGACUAACGU